AUGGCUGCGGCAGGUUUGGCCUUUCUUUGCAGGAGAGUCUCAGCUGCCCUGAAAGCUUCCAGGUCGUUAAUAAUUCCUCAGGUCCCUGCCUGCACAGGAUUAUUUCAUACUACAUUGUCAAGAAGAGGACUAGAAGAAUUUUUUGAUGACCCAAAAAACUGGGGGCAAGAAAAAGUAAAAUCUGGAGCAGCAUGGACCUGUCAGCAACUAAGGAACAAAAGUAAUGAAGAUUUACACAAAUUGUCGUAUGUCUUACUGAAGGAAAGAAACAUGAUUUUAACCCUAGAGCAGGAGGCCAAGCGGCAGAGAUUGCCAAUGCCAAGUCCAGAGCAGUUAGAUAAGGUAGUAGAUUCCAUGGAUGCAUUAGAUAAAGUUGUCCAGGAAAGAGAAGAUGCCCUAAGGCUUCUUCAGACUGGUCAAGAAAGAGCUAGACCUGGUGCUUGGAGAAGAGACAUCUUUGGAAGAAUCAUCUGGCACAAGUUCAAGCAGUGGGUUAUACCUUGGCACCUAAAUAAAAGAUACAAUAGGAAACGAUUCUUUGUCAUGCCUUAUGUGGACCAUUUUCUCAGACUGGAAUGUGAGAAACGAGCCCGCAUCAAAGCACGGAAGGAAAAUUUAGAGAGAAAGAAAGCAAAAAUUCUUCUUAAAAAGUUUCCACAUUUUGCUGAAGCCCAGAAGUCAAGUCUUGUCUAAGAUGUCUGAACUCUUAAAUUUACCAUUUUGUUUUUCUUGAAUA